GCCAUGCCAUGGGUGGUGACCUCUUCCAUAAUACGAUGAUUGAGUAACCCACAGACUUCUUAACUCUGCAGCCUCGGGGGCUGCCAGGCCACGUGGACAUGGAGAUUCUGCACAACUCCACAGACUUCAUCCUCCUGGGUCUCAUCACCCACCCCACGUGCCCUGGCCUCAUCUUUGCAGUCAUCUUCUCCAUCUUUGUGGUGGCUGUCACAGCCAACGUGGCCAUGAUCCUGCUCAUCCACAGGGACCCACACCUCCACACGCCCAUGUACUUCUUGCUCAGCCAGCUCUCCUUUAUGGAUACUGUCUACAUCUGUGUCACUGUCCCGAAGACACUCCAAGACCUGCUGUCCAAGGAAAAGACCAUUUCCUUCCUGGGCUGUGCAUUUCAGAUCUUCUUCUACCUGACCCUUAUUGGAGGUGAAUUCUUCCUGCUGGGCUUCAUGGCCUAUGACAGAUAUGUGGCUGUGUGCAGGCCCUUGCAGUACCCUCUCCUCAUGAACCGCAGGGUUUGCUUAUUCAUGGUGGUGAGCUCCUGGGUAGGCGGAUCCUUGGAUGGAUUCAUGCUAAGUCCUGUCACCAUGAGCUUCCCCUACUGUGGGCCUCGAGAGAUCAACCACUUCUUCUGUGAGAUCCCAGCGGUGCUGAAGCUGUCAUGCACAGACACGUCUCUCUACGAGACCCUGAUGUAUGCCUGCUGUGUGCUGAUGCUGCUCAUCCCUUUGUCUGUCAUUUCUGUCUCCUACACACACAUCCUCAUCACGGUCCACAGGAUGAACUCUGCCAAGGGCUGGCACAAAGCCUUCACAACGUGUUCCUCCCAUAUAAUGGUGGUGAUCAUCUUCUAUGGGGCAGCCUUCUACACCAAUGUGCUGCCCCAUUCCUACCACACGCCAGAGAAAGAUAAGGUUGUGUCCGCAUUCUACACCAUCCUCACCCCCAUGCUGAACCCCCUCAUCUACAGCCUGAGAAACAAGGAUGUGGAAGAGGCUCUUAGGAAAGCCCUGGGGAGGUGUGCUGCCUCCCGGAGAAUCAGAGCAGGGGGAGUGCCCAGGAAAUACUAGGAGUGGGUGAUGAAGCAAGUCUCCUUGUUGCUAUGGCCAAUGACACAGUCAUUCCAGAAAGUACUGCCUUGAUUCUGAAAAGCAUGCCCUGUCAUUUUCACAACUCAAAAUCACCCACUGAGAAAAGUCAUUGCACUGCAAGCACCAGUUAAGAAAAGUAGACAAAAGCAGCAAGCACCUCAUCAUGGUUAACUUGCUCAAAUACAUGCUUAGUCCAUCAGCACCACCAAUCAUCCCAGCAGGCAAGCACCCCUUCUGAGUAUCAUCAGCAGUCAUUUUUGAUAUAUUUUUGCGAUUUAUUUAGAGAGAGGAAGAUAUUUCAUCCAUUGAUUCAUUCCUCAAAUGGUCACCAUGGCCGGGGUUAGUCUGGGCCAAAGCCAAGGACCAGGAGUUUCACCCAGGUCUCCCAUGUGGGUGCAGGUACCCAAGUACAUGGGUCACCUUCUGUUGUUUUCCCAGGUGCAUUUUAUACAUCACAAGUGGGUGCUUUCAGUCUGUAUUGAUGACCAACUUCUGCACAGAAAUUACAGCAGAAUUUUACA